UUUGAGGUACAAAGACAAGCGCUGUAACUGUUGUCGAGGUGCGCAAUGAAGACGGAGAGCGUGGCGCAGAGCCAAAGCAUGCCUUUCAGCGGCAGAAAGCGGAGUCUCAUCGAGGACGCGCGCCGAGACAGGGAGAGGGACAGGGAGAAGGACAGGGACAGAGAGAGAGACAGGGAGAGCACAGCUGCGUCUCCGGGUCCAUCGAGGGGCGGCGAUAAUCCGGUUUUCGAGGAGAAAAGCGGCAGAAUUGCUCUCAAUCUGCUCUUUACGCAGAAGAACGACAGGAAUCCUGGACUCUUUAAGGCUGGGAAAGUCUUCGAGACCUUUGAGGUGAAGCUGCUGCACCUGGAGACUCGUGCAGCUCGGAGGUGUAAGAAGAUGUCCUCAGAUGAGUUGGAGUUCUUCAUGCAGUGUGAAGUUCACAGCUCAGACUCUGAGGCCUUCGUUAACGCGCUCAGGAGAGUCGCAGAUGAAGUGCAGCUCCUGCAGGAUGACAGAGUUCCGUGGUUCCCACGAAAGAUCAGCGAUCUGGACAAAUGCACUCAUGUAAUUACAAAAUACGACCCUGAUCUGGACCAAGACCACCCAGGAUUUAGUGAUCCAGAAUACAGGAAGCGGAGAGCGUUUAUUUCUGAGCUGGCUUUCAACUUCAAACAAGGUGACGUGCUACCGUAUGUUGAAUACACUCCUGAAGAGACGGCCACUUGGAGAGAAGUGUACAAGACUUUGACGUCCAUCUAUCCAACUCAUGCAUGCAGACAGUUCCUGGACGGCCUGCAGCAGCUGGAGAAAGAGUGUGGCUACGGAGAACACAAAAUCCCUCAGCUUAGAGACGUGUCCAAUUUCCUGAAAGAAAAGACAGGCUUCCAGCUGCGCCCAGUCGUGGGCUUGCUGUCAGCAAGGGACUUCCUGGCAAGUCUGGCUUUCCGUGUGUUCCAGUGCACCCAGUACAUUCGCCAUUCCUCAUCACCCAUGCACUCUCCAGAGCCGGACUGCUGUCAUGAACUGCUCGGACACAUCCCCAUGCUCACGGACAAGGAGUUUGCUCAGUUUUCACAGGAGAUUGGCCUCGCUUCACUUGGGGCAUCUGAUGAGUAUAUAGAAAAGCUGUCUACUCUCUACUGGUUCACGGUUGAGUUUGGGCUCUGCAAGCAGAACGGGGAAGUAAAGGCGUACGGUGCUGGACUCUUAUCCUCCUACGGAGAACUUUUGUACGCUCUCUCUAAUGAACCCGAGUACAAGCCAUUCGUCCCUGGUGAGACAGCGGUCCAGCCGUACCAGGAUCAGACGUAUCAGCCUGUGUACUUUGUCUCCCAGAGCUUUGAGGAUGCUACCAAUAAGAUGAGGCACUACUCCUCCACCAUCCAGAAGCGGUUCUCCAUCAGAUACGACCCGUACACCUGCUCCAUGGAGAUCCUGGAUGAACCGGCUAAGAUCCAGAAUGUUCUAGGCCAAAUGAGAGAGGAGCUGAAGAUUGUGCACAGUGCAUUAGAGAGACUCGGCCAAAGAUGAGCUUUACAGCCUGGUUUAUCUUUUAAUCGCACUUUAAUCACACCAACGUGGAGAACAUGGCACACAUACUCAAAUCCACACAAUGUAAAUAUAUCGUUCAUCCUGCAUGCUGUUCUUCUGUAGACUGUGUGUGUGUGUGUGUGUGUGUGUGUUCAACAGAUUUUCUGUGUGUACUUAAUAAAUCUUUAU